UAGAGGGCGAGUAUAUUUGUUUACAUGUGGAAAAGUUUUUACAGUGAUCGUAGCAGAAAUGUCGUUGUUUAAAAUCAGAACAGCAAAUUGGAAAUUUUCAUUACAUCGUCUUAUGAUGAAAAAUUGUUCAAUUUCACAAACUGGACUCAGAUUUCUCAUGACUUUUACAAGAGAAAAUUCAAGACAUUUGUAUAAUAAAUGUGUCCUUAGUAGAAAACUAUUGUUCCCUUGUAAUUAUGAAGUUUCAAGAUCAAUGUUUAUACAAACUCAAGAAACACCAAAUCCAAACAGUAUGAAAUUCCUUCCUGGAGUAAAAGUUUUAGAAUCUGGAACUGUGGAUUUUCCAAAUGCAAUGUCAGCGCAUACAUCUCCUCUAGCUCGACAAUUAUUUAGAAUUGAUGGAAUAAAAUCAGUAUUUUUUGGCUCCGAUUUUAUUACGAUAACUAAGAAAGAUGACGAAGUUGAAUGGAAACUUCUGAAACCAGAUAUAUUUGCUGUUAUUAUGGAUUUUUUUGCAAGUGGACUUCCAGUUAUGACAGAUGAACAACCACCUGAAGAUACAGCUAUAUCACCUGAUGAUGAUGAAACUGUAAUAAUGAUUAAAGAACUUCUUGAAACAAGAAUUCGGCCAGUUGUUCAAGAAGAUGGUGGAGAUAUUGUUUACAUGGGAUUUGAAAAUGGUAUAGUGAAACUGAAAAUGCAAGGUGCAUGUACCAGUUGUCCCAGUUCUGUUGUGACCUUAAAGAAUGGGGUACAAAAUAUGCUACAAUUUUAUAUUCCAGAUGUAAUGGGUGUUGAACAGAUAACUGAUGAAGUUGACGAUAAAGCUCUGGAAGAAUUUAAAAAUUUUGAAAUUAAAAUAAAGAAUAACAAACCUGAUUGAUUACAUUAGUUAAUAAAUUAUACAAAUUUAAAAUAAGAAUAGUUUGAGUAUGUCAAGUUUAAUUAAAAAGAGUUUUUAAUACUAGAAACAACUUAGGGGCUAUCCAUAAAUUAUGUCUGCAUUUUUCUUGAAACUUUUACUCCUCCUUCCCAUCUUGUCCAAUUUUCUGCAACCUUCUCUCAUUUGGAUGUCCAAUAGAACUCUAUCCCCCUUGAAACCUUUAUCACUAUGAUUUAUACAUACCAUAAGUAGAAAUUCUGAAAUAAAUGUAAUAAAAUGUGCAAACUCUAUAAAAUUAAUGAAAUAAAUAGACAUCAACUGAACUCAACCCCCCUUCCUCUUGUUCAACUUAUUGUAGUCCCUUCCCUCUUCCAGUGUGGAUGUCAUAUAUAGAAGCACCUUAUCAAUUAUUUCUAAUAUUUAAAACUUUAUAUUUCUCUCCAUAAUCUGGCCAUAAUUUUAAUUUUUGAUUCGUUAAAAAACAAUUAUUUUUAUUUAAAAAGACAUAAUGAAUAAUUUUUACAU